AUGAAGUCUCACGACAUCAUCGCACAUCUGACAAAGGAAUGCCCUUGUUGCGAUAAGUUGUACAGGUCAGAUGAGCAACUGCAGAAACAUAUUAAAUACACACAUAAAUAUCAGUGCGAAUUUUGUGAUAAAUCGUUUGGAUCUUUUGGGGAGGUGGAGUAUCACGAUAGAAGCGUACAUCUAACAUUUGAAUGUCCAUAUUGCGAUAAACCCUACAGAUCAAAUAAGGAACUGCGGAAACAUAUGAGAUACAAACAUACAUUUCAGUGCGAAUUUUGUGAUAAAUCGUUUAGAUCUUUUGAGGAGAUGGAGUAUCACGAUAGAGGCAUACAUCUAACAUUUGACUGUCCACAUUGCGAUAAACCCUACAGAUCAAAUAUGCAACUGCACAAACAUAUGUCAUUCAAACAUAAAUUUCAGUGUGGAUAUUGUGAUAAAUCUUUCUCAUCCCUUGAGAAACUAGAUAAUCACGACAGCAACGUACAUUUAACAAAUGAUUGUCCGAGUUGUGGUCAAUUAUUCAGAACAGAUGUUUUGCUAGACAGACAUAUGAGAGAAUCUCAUAUAUUUCGUUGCCCAAAAUGUCCCAAAUGGUUUAAUUUCAAAGAGGAAAAAAUCUUUCAUAUCAAACAGAUGCAUUCUUGGAAGUGA